CUCAAAAGUGUCUUCCACCUUACCCAUCGAACUUCAUCCAAGAAUCCAUCGCGAACAAGACAAUGCCGCCCCCUCCCACAAACACGACGCUCCAGACCAUCUCGUCGGUGACCAACGACAUCGAGGAUCCCGCAGUCGUGUCCGUCACCACCUCAGUCUGGUCCAAGGACCCCCCCACCGAGUACAACCUGGCGAUCGCAGCCCUUGAAUUCGAGGAGUUCUCCUUCUGGGGCGAGGAUGGGUCCCUGGACUGGGGCAACGCCUCCACGGAACACAACAAGGCACUGCGGAAGUACCUGACGCUCCACUACAACGUCAUCAUAUUCCACUACUGCGAGCCUUUCCUCCUUCUCGGGUGCGAGGGGGAGCUUCCUAGCAAGGACAAACUCCCUUUUUCGAUUGCCGGCAUGAUCGCGAUCUGGAGGAUAGAUGACAACAUGAAGUUCAGACCUCUUAUCGGUUGGCACGCUGAAGGAGAAGAGUGUCUCAAGAUCGACCCGGGAAUGUUGGACAAGAUGGUCGAGCAUGAGAUCCCCCCCAACGAGGUCUUCCUGUAUCUGGCAGACCAUAUUUUCCACGACUGCAUCGCCAUAUCCAUCAUCUGGGAGACCAUGGUGGUAGAGUUACCUCUCACAGAAUGGAACGAUUUCGUGAGGAGGCUUCAGGUCCUUCCCGAAGGUAUCGAGGGAGCUCCGUUCCUCCUACAAUAUCACAACGGUCCUCUCCCAAACACCGAGAGGUGCAGGAGCGCCACCACCCCGACCCCGAAGGCGCUGGAGUCGGAUGUUGCCGACGAGACCGACUAUGUGAAAGCGGACGGGAGAUUCUACCCAGGCACCAUGAUCAACUCCACUGACAGGGCUGGAACGAUGUACUCGUCGGGCACAGCCGGUGUGCUUGUUGAGAAGGACGGCGAGCAGAGGCUGACCUGCUCGUACCACAACUGGGAAGACCACGACCAGAAGUACCCCGGCCGAUUCGGCCAGGAUGACGACGAGGCCCGCCGCACCUUUGAGGUUGUCCAGGGCAACCCAGGCACGCCCGUCGGGUUCGCCGAACGCCGGAUGGGCGAUACCGAUAUUGCCCUGGCGAAGCUCAACGACGGCGUUGUUUUCGAGAACAACUUCAUGGAGAUGGCCUUCCCGGCCAAGACACUCGUCCCCAGCAAGGAACAAUCGAUUGGAGACUCGUACCUGAUCGAUUCGUUCACCACCGGCAAGCAACGGUUGCUGGGGUGUGGAGCCCGCAUUACAAUCCGCCGGCGGCCGGGAAUGCCGCACUAUGACCUCUCCUGCCGAUCGGGCACGGAGGCGAAGCUGCCACCCAGCCACGUCGCGUAUAUCUGGCUCAAACAGGGCGCGGCCCUGACCAACAAACCGGUCAUGAUUUUGAACCCGUACUUCCGCGAUGGUGCCAGCGGUGCGGUCCUCUUGAGAUGUGGUUACGGGGAGAGUCGCCAGAUUAGCUCGCGGACUGUCAUGGAGCGUGGCGAGAUAUGCGGGAUGAUGUACUUCGCUGAUAUUCAGGCCAAGCACGCUAACCAGGCUGACCGCUACGUGAUUUACACCGACGCAUUCGACCCGCUCAUCGAGGAGGGGUGGAGUAUUGUCCAGGCUCCUGGGGCGGACAGCGGUGAAACGAGGGGCACCAAGGAGGAGGAGUCCCCAGCCAAGAAACGGAAGACAGCUUCUUCUUCUUCUAAUGUCGCUGGACGUCUUUCUUGAUGACGCUAGCUGUCUUUGCUUGUACUAUUAGUAUUAUUAACACCGGAGGGAACACUACUGGGGGCUGGUUGUCACGGCCAUGACGUGACAAACAUGGCCACAAUGAUGAAGAACAUGGCUACAAUGGUGACAACGACCUAGGCAAUGAUAUAACGACGGAGGUAGUCUAGAUAGAGAACAGUAUAAUUAGAGCCUGACAAUUAUCCGCCCUACCAC